CUCGGUUUCAGCAAGCAGCAUGUUCUCGACGUUCGCCACGCAGACCGGCAAGCGCCCGCGCUUCGACGCCGAGAGCAUGAAGUCGGCCUUCGGCUACGGCGCCAUGAACCGCAGCACCUUCCUCAUCUACGUGCUCAUGGCGAUCGCGCGCAUCGAGAAGGCGAUGAACAGCUUGCCUUCCGCGGCGACGACGGUGGCCGCCCAAGCCGCCUUGAGCUCGGCGCUCCACGGCGUCAAGGGGCCUCUCACUGUGGUCCCCGACAACAAGCUCGGUCGCGCCAUCUCGGCCGACGGUGGCCUCGUGGUGGUUGCGACGGUCGCGUCGCCCGACCGCUACUCGGCCGACAAGGCGGCGGACCUCUCCGGCUCGGCAGUGUUCAAGCACACGUACGUGGUCUCGGACGUGUUGAUCAAGGUCACCGACGUCACAUCGUCGGUCAGCGUCACCGUGCUAGACGGUCCUCUUUGGUGCGUGCUGCUGCGCCACCUCGACACGCAGAACGUAUCGGCGGACGAGCUGCGCGAGGCCUUCAACGCCGUCGCCCACGACUGCGACAACUUUGUCAUCAAGGACAACUUUUUGUUCAAGACGUACCCCACGAUCGUUGCGGGAGCUGCGCACGAAGCGCCGAAGCGCAAAUAUGACGAGGUCGUCAAGGAGCGCAAUGCAGCAGUCAAGGAGCGCGAUGCAGCGGUCGAGGAGCGCGAUGCAUUGAUCGAGAAGCACGAUGCAGCAGUCAAGGAGCGCGAUGCAGCAGUCAAGGAGCGCGAUGCGUUGAUCCAAGCCAUGAAAGACACGACGGCUACGUUGACCGCAAGUCAGCGCUUGGAAAAGGCGGCCAAGAAUGCGGCCAAGCGCUACAAGGCCGCUUACGACAUGAUCCGCCAGAGCCGGUUCCAUACCGACGCGAAUCAUUAGGAUGCCGCCAGUAAGGUUUCAAGUAUCGUAACAUCUAAGAUGAAUAACAACAUCAUUGAUUCCAUU